AUGUCAACUUUGGAGUACUCCGAAACUGUUGAACCAUGGGGACGAUCUUCAUGGAAAAACGCCCACCGGUGUGAAGAAUGCCCCUAUUUCACAACCUCACUUUUUCUUAUGGUGAACCACUCGAGCCGACGGCAUUCAUCCUUAGAAAAAUUCGCAUGCUCAAACGCCAAAAUCGAAGAAUAUUACUGUAAAGAUUGCGAUUUUAAAACAUCACUAACGAUCGAGUUCAAACAACACUUGAAUAAAAAUCACGGCCUUAAGAGACAGUUUGGAGACGAUUUCAUCAUACAAAAGUACGUUUGCGAAAAAUGCAACUUUGAAACAAAUCUCUUGUUAAAGUGGCUUCAGCAUUCUUCGACAUGCACAAGACAGAAAUCAAAUCAUCAAAGUGUGAGGUAUCACUGUACUGAAUGUCCAUUCGAAACCGUACAUAAAAAUUAUUUAAAGACACACAUAACUUUGAAACAUCUAGAUGAAGAAAAGGUUAAGUGGUACGAAUGUAAACAUUGUCCAUUCAAAACCAAACUAAAAAGCACUUUAAAAAGCCACAUAGACCGCUUACAUUCGAACGACGAAGACGUUAAAUGGUACGAAUGCGACCAGUGCCUUUUCAAGAGCAAGUAUAGACGUUCUUUGGUGGUUCACGUGACUGCUAAACACACAGACGAGGAAAAAAUUAAGUGGUACGAAUGUAAGGACUGCCCGUACAAGACUAAACAAGCGGAACAUUUAAAAACUCAUAUAAAUUGUCGACAUCUGGAUGACGAGAGAGUUAAGUGGUACGAAUGUGCGAAAUGUUCGUACAAAAGUAAAGCAAGGUGUGAUUUAAAAGUACACAUGAAAGUCCACGUGGAGACUAAAUCGUAUCAGUGCGAAUAUUGUCCACAUAAGGCGAAACGCAGUGGCGAUUUAAAGCGUCACAUAAAUUGUCGACAUUUACAUGGAACCGAAGCCAGAUGGUACAAAUGUGAACACUGUUGUUACAAGAGCAAAAGUGGGGCGUCUUUUUACAGACACAAAAAAAAACACGCGGCGGAUUUAGUUGAGGGUAUUUAA